GGCAACAUUAAACGAUUGUGUCAUUUCAUUUUUCGUGACAAAUAAAAUAAAUCUUAUUUGGAAAUUUGGAUUUCUGUUUUCUUACAAAUUUACGCAUUAAUUAGUUUGCUGCAUUGUUUUAGAAGUGUUUGAGAAAAAGUGAGCCAUUUUGUCAAUGGUGAAAAAUUAACAUGGCUUCCUCAAACACUCUACAAAAAGCAAUAGAUCUUGUCACUAAAGCCACUGAAGAAGAUAAAAACAAAAACUAUGAAGAGGCCUUACGUCUUUAUGAACAUGGCGUCGAAUACUUCUUGCACGCCGUUAAAUAUGAGGCUCAAGGCGAACGGGCUAAGGAAAGUAUUAGAGCAAAAUGCCUUCAAUAUUUGGAUAGGGCUGAGAAGCUAAAAGAGUAUCUGAAGAAGGAUAAAAAGAAAAAGCCUGUGAAGGAUGGAGAGUCCAAGAGUGAAGAUAAAAAGAGUGACAGUGACAGUGACUCAGAUGAUCCUGAGAAAAAGAAAUUGCAGGGGAAGCUUGAGGGUGCUAUUGUUGUUGAGAAACCACAUGUUAAGUGGAGUGAUGUUGCUGGCCUUGAAGCGGCUAAAGAAGCCCUGAAGGAAGCUGUGAUCCUGCCUAUUAAAUUUCCCCACUUGUUUACAGGGAAAAGAAUACCUUGGAAGGGCAUUCUUCUUUUUGGGCCUCCUGGUACAGGUAAAUCUUAUCUAGCUAAAGCAGUUGCUACUGAAGCAAAUAAUUCUACAUUCUUUUCAGUUUCUUCAUCAGAUCUUGUCUCUAAAUGGCUGGGUGAGUCAGAGAAAUUGGUUAGAAACCUAUUUGAACUUGCUCGUCAACACAAGCCAAGUAUCAUAUUCAUUGAUGAAAUAGAUUCUCUAUGUUCAUCACGUUCUGACAACGAAUCUGAAUCUGCUAGGAGGAUUAAAACUGAAUUCCUUGUACAAAUGCAGGGUGUAGGUAAUGACAUGGACGGUAUUUUAGUUCUCGGCGCCACGAAUAUACCCUGGGUGCUUGAUGCCGCCAUUAGGCGACGUUUCGAGAAACGAAUUUAUAUUGCUCUACCAGAGGAACAUGCGCGAUUGGAUAUGUUUAAACUUCACCUAGGAAACACAAAACACAUGUUGACUGAGCAAGAUAUGAAAGUUCUGGCUGCGAAAACUGAUGGCUAUUCUGGAGCUGAUAUAAGUAUUGUAGUGAGAGACGCUUUAAUGCAGCCUGUCCGUAAAGUGCAAUCUGCAACCCAUUUCAAGAAAACUUCUGGGCCUAGUCCAAAGGAUCCUAAUGUCAUUGUGAAUGACCUUUUGACGCCAUGCUCUCCUGGUGAUCCUGGCGCUAUGGAGAUGACUUGGAUGGACGUACCUGGCGAAAAAUUGGGCGAACCUCCAGUUACUAUGUCUGACAUGCUUCGAUCGCUAGCAACGUCCAAGCCUACCGUCAAUGAUGACGACAUGGUCAAGUUGAAGAAGUUCAUGGAUGACUUUGGUCAGGAAGGUUAAUAAAAUAUUUGUAAUUAUUGAGCACUUAAAUAAUUUGUAUCACAUGUUGAAAUAAUUACUGUUAAGCUCCUGAAUGUAACUUGCAGAAUGUAUGAAUUUUAUUUUAUGCUUCACAUGAUGAACAGAAUUUAUGUUUUUUACUUUGUUGAUCAUCAAAGCAUAAUCUCAAUUCGAUUAUAAUCGCUAGCAAAUUUAGACUUGCAUUGCGACUAAUUCGCCACAAUUUACUUUCAAAUAAAAUACAGGGCCUUUUGUUUUGAGCAUGUCAAUAAUCUAUUUAUUUUACUAACAGAUGAUCAAGAUUGAAUUAUACAAUGUGCCUGUUUAAUACUAGUUUAGGAUACAAUCGUUACGAGAACCUUUGUAUUUUAUUUUCAUACUUUAAGUAUGUAGGCAUAAAAACGAAAUUUCAUGAAGUCGCUGGUUUUUAGUACGUAAUUUAUUAGUUGCUAGCGUUUAUUUGUUUUCGCUCGAUAUAAGGAGUUUCAAAAGCCGAUCUGAGAGUUCAUUACAUUGCACAUAAUAUAGAAAAUUAAAGCAAGAUAGAUAAGUAGUUGAAAUAUUAAUUUCAUCAAUUCAUCAUGUGCUCUUUAACAGCCCCAAGUUUUUAUAAUCUUCUGACACGAUGCAGCAUACUACGACCAUGCUAUUUUGGUAUUCUUGGCUUAUGCAUUGCUUGUAUCUUAAGACCUAUCCAUAAUUGUUGAACAAAUAAACAGCUGCAAGGUUUUUUAGCACUGUUCUGUAUAUAAAAUUGUUCUUAUUUUAAAGAAGGCCUAUAGCAAACAAAAUAAUCUUCAAAAAGGGAGUUUGGUCGUAGGUCCCUUUUCGUGUGUAGGGUUCAGUAGUGAUAUUGAGACCUUACUUUUAUUUGAUAUGUAUCCUGUGAUGUCAUUUGUUGAUCGUAAUAUUCGUAAUGCUUAGAAAGUCGAGAGCUUCACGUUUUUCUCAUUAUAACGAGUUAAUUAGGUACCUUAUAUUAUUCUUAUGUGAAAUGUACUUUCCUCUUUUAUUUUUGUAAUAAUAUUGUUAAGAGAGUAUAAAUAAAUAUUAUUAACGAAAA